UCUAUCACACGGUGCACAAGUGUUCCCUUUCACCAUGCUGUCAUCAUCAUAUUCCACACUUUGCUGGUAAAAAUCAAACCACUCGUAGGACCAGAUAAAGCACCAUGAUGAUGGAGACAGCCCCACAUUGCUGAAGAAGAAGGAGGAGGAGAAGAACUGAAGAAGAAGUAGCAGCAUACAUACAACUACAUCACACAGCAACUAUGGUGGUGGUGGAAUUUAUACACCAUAGUAGUAGUUGUAUUGUAUAAAAGGAAAGCACCGUUGUUUACACCGAGUUUCUUUUGGGUAAGUGAGUUCUCAAAAGGGGUUGCUGUUGAUGCAAAUUCAGAGAGAGGAGGAUAUCUUCUGCCACAAAUUCCAAGGUGCAUGUUUCUGUUUCUCACAUCCCUUCUUGAUCUUCUUCAUAAACUAGGACAAACCCAAAUGCCACUUCUUUGAAUGUUUCUGGAAUCCGAUGAUCUUUUAUUGUUUUGAUUUUUAGUAUCAUAAAUUCUUUCAUUCUUUCCUGCAUAUACACAUAACUUCAAUUCUUUUGUUAUUAUAUAACAAUCAGCAUUCUUCACAUUCACAGUCACAGUCACAGAUUCAAUUCACAUAGGAAACAUUCAAUUUGUAAAAAAAAAAAAACUGCACAUUGGAUUGGAUAUUCAUCGGAUUCCUUUUUUUCUUUGUUUGAAAAGAAUUCCUUAGAAUUUUCACACACACAUUUUCACAACACAACACAUUACAUGCGCAUGCAAAUUGAGUUUUCCAUUAAGAAAAAUUCCAUUCAUUUCUUCUUCACCCACACUUGAUCAAGCUAUUAUAUAGAGAAAGGGAAGGGAAAAAGAAGCAGAAACAAACAGAAGCAGCAGCAAUUGGGUUGAGUGAGAGAACAAGCGUUACUGCAACCAUAGACAAUGUUGGCUGGGUGUUCUAGUCCGGCAUUGUCAUCACCGAGGCACAGAUUGAGGAGUGAAGCAUCAGCACAGUUUCAAGCUUGCCAUUUCCAGUUACCUUCCAUGAGCACACAGAGAUUGGACUUGCCACGCAGCGCUUUCCCUCGGAAAGACACAACAACGACCUCUUCACGCUCGCAGCCAUUGAGGCCUGUGGGGAUUUCAGUGGAGAAAACCAAUGAAUCCAAGAGCAGCACUUGUUCUCUGAAGCAGAACAUUCGUCUUCCACCUCUGGCUACAACAACAGCGUCACUAGGAGGAGAUAUCAUCAAGGGUGAGGAGUUUUGGGAGAAGAAGAGUACCAAGAGUUUGAAGAGAGUUGCAGAGCAUGGAGAUGAUGAUGAUGAUGAUGAGUCCUUCACCAGCAGAUACAAGAGGAAAAAGGGUAAUGGGAAUUCUGAUGAGGUUCUUGAAGCAGGGGAAAAUUUUGGAAGCUUUUGGUCUGUUCAUAGUUUUGGAGGCCUUAACCUUCCUUCUUCACUUCCUUUCUCUCUGAAUUGUUCUGGGGAUGAAGAGAGGGUGUGUUUUGCUCCUGCUGAAGUGAUUUCUGCACCUUUGCCUUUCUCAAACAACAAUCCUUGGCUGGAAUCUGCUGUAACAACAAUCACCAAUUUUGGUGAGGGAAGCCACCAACACCAGCAGCAUGUUAAGGAAGGUUCAGUCUCCAAUGAUUCAUCAGAUAGCCAGAGCUUGAGCCUGAGGUUGAAUGAGAAUGUUACAUCAGAACUUGAAGUGGGAAAUGGUUCAGGGAAUCCUCAUCACCAUGAAGUGGAGACAGGGGAAGAGGAUGAACAAGAGGAGCAUCGUGGGUUUGAGCUUGUAAGCUUUCUCACUGGUUGUGUUGAUGCCAUUUCUUCAAGGAAUGUGACUGCUAUCAACCAUUUCAUUGCAAAAUUGGGUGAACUUGCAUCUCCAAGAGGAAGAACCUCCAUAAGCCGCAUUUGUGCUUAUUUCACUGAAGCCUUAGCCAUCAGAAUCACCAGGCUCUGGCCUCAUGUUUUUCAUGUCACCACUAUCCCUCGGGUUUUGGAUGAUGAUGAAACCGUCACUGCACUGAGGCUUCUCAACCAGAUCACCCCAGUUCCCAAGUUUCUCCAUUUCACAUCAAAUGAGAUGCUGCUGAGGGCUUUUGAAGGGAAAGACAGGGUUCACAUCAUAGAUUUUGACAUUAAGCAAGGUCUUCAAUGGCCUAGCUUGUUCCAAAGCUUAGCCUCCAGAACUCAUCCUCCAAGCCAUGUUAGAAUCACUGGUGUGGGGGAAUCUAAGCAAGAGCUGAAUGAAACUGGAGACAGACUUGCAGGUUUUGCUGAGGCACUGAACCUUCCCUUUGAGUUUCACCCAGUUGUGGAUAGGCUUGAAGAUGUUAGGCUAUGGAUGCUUCAUGUGAAGGAGCAUGAGAGUGUGGCUGUGAAUUGCUUUUUGCAGCUCCACAAGACUCUCUAUGAUGGUAGUGGAGGAGCAUUGAGGGAUUUCUUAGGCCUAAUUCGCAGCACGAAUCCUACUAUUGUUGUCAUGGCAGAGCAGGAAGCAGAACACAAUGAAGCAAGGUUGGAAACAAGGGUGUGCAAUUCCUUGAAAUACUACUCAGCUCUGUUUGAUUCCAUUGACCACAUUGGCCUUCAAGAACAAAGCCCUGUGAGGAUCAAGAUAGAGGAGAUGUAUGCAAGGGAGAUAAGGAACAUCAUUGCUUGUGAAGGGAGGGAGAGAGCGGAGAGGCACGAGAGUUUCGCGAAAUGGAGGAAGUUGAUGGUGGAGCAAGGAGGGUUCAGAUGCAUGGGAGUUACUGAGAGGGAAUUGGUUCAGAGCCGGUUUCUGUUGAAGAUGUAUUCCUGUGAGAAUUACAGUGUGAUGAAGCAGGAGGAGGAUGGUGGAGAAGGACUCACUUUGGGUUGGCUUGAUCAGCCUCUCUACACGGUCUCGGCAUGGACACCGGUUGAUGCAGCAGGAAGUUCAUCAUCAUUUUCUCAGCCAGCUUGAUUCAGCAACAGAUUUUCUUUUCAUCAUACAGAGACAGAUAUACAGAGAAAAAGGGUAGAGUAUUAUUCUUUGUAGGUAGGAAAAUUGUCAUGACUAUUCGUUCAUUCUUUGUUGCAGAUAAGAUUUAUUAGUUUCAAAGAAGUAGCUGGUGCAAUUGUUUAUCAGUACAGCAAUACUGUUUUCUGUUCUUUAUUCAUAUAGUCCAGAUUUCUUGAUACGUUUGUAGUCAACUUAUGUUCAUUGUUUCAUUCUUUAUGUAAGCUGAAAUUCUUUUGUCAAGUCCUUGUAAUUGGAUAAGUUGCUAUUACUACUAUUCUAUUGAAUGUGAAAAGUGAAAUGAAAUUCAGUAUACAUUUGGAGUCAA